AUGCAGGCCAUGACACCCAUCACCCCGCUGGAGCCGGGCGUGGAGAUGUUCGAACGAGGAAAGGCGCAGUCUGUCGCAUAUACAGAUAUCGAAGAUGAUUCUAGCGAAUUUGAGGAAUUCAGCGGCUCUUCUAGCGACAACAGGCGAAGUCAAACAACCAUAUCAACCUUCGAGGAAGUACAGACCCCUGGGGAAGAAGUACGACCACAAUUCACCUACUGGCAGGAGCGAAAGUCAGUAGAAGGUCCCAAAGGGCCACACCUCUUCCGUGCUUCAGUAUCAUCCGGCGACUUUCUUUACGACGAAGGCCAAGUAAUGCAAAUGUCGCCUUUACUGCCAAAAGAAACUCCACUCCGUCAUCCGACCUCAUUCCGAGAAGCCACUCCAGAAACGAUCGUUCCUCAAAGAGAGUACAACAACAUCGCUCUAGCCGUUGCCCACUUGGACAAUGCCGAAAACGGAUUUGAAGACGACGUAAUCGACAAGUUUAUUCAGCACGAUAUCUCGGGUGCCGUUUUGCUAGAUCUACAGUUCGAUGAUUUGAAAGAAUUGGAAAUUCAGUCCUUCGGCAAGAGGCAUCAAUUGUGGAACCAGAUCGACUCCCUGCGCACCGCGGACGGCCUGAUGUCGCCAACUGCUCCAGCAGCUAUCCCGACUCCAUUCGAGGACAUCGAACGGCCAUGUACAGAGGCAAGGAACAGGUCUAAGAGCAAGGGCCGAAAAGCCAGUAAACGCGACAAGUCGCGAGGGCGUCACUUGACAGACGAUGUCAUUACUCCUGCGCAUUCGGUCUCGAUCGUAGCCAUCGAACAACUGCUACCCAAGCCACACGUAUGCGCAAAGGGCGAACGAUGCGCCAAAUGGAGGAAGCAACAACGGCAGCUUGCCAGACUUCAAAUGGAACACGGCUUUCCGAUUUCGCCCGAGAAGGGUGGUCAUAUCUUCAUCGCUGGUGACCCAGGCAACCCCCAGACAGCAUCUCAUGUUGUCGAGAAUGUUCACCGGCCGAACUCAGAAGCUACUCCCUCCGUCGUGGUACCAUCCGUGGUAGCAUCAUCCGACGUGCUGGGGCCUGGCCAGCUACCCGACUUUACUCUCCAGGACCUACAAAAGUUUGAGCAACGCGACCCGCAAGACAACGUGCGACAGUUCCUUACCCUACAGGGUCAGCAGCAGCCCUUUGUCAGCGCUACUCCAAUCGAAGCUCCCCCAACACCGCCUACAGAAUCAUACCCACCUCGCCCUUUCUUGGUGAUACCACAGCAACCGCACUACCCGCAGGUUUCAGCCUUUUCCGCAUCUACGUCAGCGCAUACCACCAAGUCUUUCGAUCCUUUCAGUCAGACACCCUCAACUCCAGCUCUGCAUCCCCCGGAGUUUAUGCCAGCUCCCCACUCGAACCUCAAGAGUCUCCCCAAAUUGACAAUUCCGCCAGCACGUUCAAUGUCCGCCCAGCCUGCUGGUAACUCACACAGUGCAAUCCCAGCACACCAGUACCUCGCACCCGAUACCGCCUUCUCGCCAUGUAGGACAGCGUCACCAGGUGGCGUCUACCGGUUUGGUACGCCGUUCUCCGAGAUGGACGUCCCUGUGACUGCUGUGCAACAAGAACCACUUAGCCGCGACACGAGCCAGUCUGUGCCUCCGAACAUGCAAUACCAACCCCAAAUCCAAAGGGUUGGAUCGCGCCAUGACUGGCGACGUCCCUCGUUGCCCAUGCCAGCGCUUGCUGAAGACCGCGUGUUCAGCCCAACGGCCCACUCGGACGACGACACCCUACGUGAGACCAUUUUCGACGACUCCGUCAGUACUAGUGACAGCGCUAGCUCGUCGCCGCUCAAAGCUACCAAGCCAUUCGACAGCGAAGCUGGUGACACUAUUGCGCCUUUGCCCAAGGGAGGCUUCGUGUACAAGGGUGUGAACCACCACGGCUGGAUGAAGAAGCGACGUACCAAGCUCCUGCGUCACGAAUGGCAAGACCACCAUUUCCGCCUCCAGGGCACAAUGCUAGCUAUGCAUCCCAAUGAGCUACCCUCCUCCUCCGCCCUGCAGACAAUCGACGUGGACGAUUAUGCCGUAGCAUGCUCAUCGCUCGCUUCCAACAAGCUCUCUGCCAAGUUCAAGGCCCUGAAACUCUCUUCAGGUCACCACAAGGAGAAGUCUUCCGCUUCCACCCCCGCUUUCGAGUUUCAGCUUGUGCCUGCCGCACCUGGUAAGGGCGAUGUCAAGAAGGUCAUGCCGAAUGGCAAGGUGCAACACUUUGCUGUAACCACCAAAGACCAGAGGAUCGACUGGAUGCGCGAGCUCAUGUUGGCCAAAGCCUUGAAGGCUAAGAGCGACGGCUACGAAGUCAACGUCAACGGUGCCAACAUGUGA